AAGACUUGCAAGCGAACCCGGUGCUUACUAGUACUUGAAACAUAACAAUAUUAUAUUUGUCGUUCUCUCUCCUCUUGCUUAUGAGCGCUGCAGUGAUCAAGAGCUUUACAUAACUCCGCAUUUGCCGGUCAUUAUGCAUCUGCCGGACUCAACCGCCAACGCCAGACCGCCGGAAGUAAGUACAAUGGUCACAGCAGCGGUUCAAGGCAAGCACCAUGCACUUGCCAAAGUGAAUGGAGUUUGCAGACUCCAUCAACCCUACUUGGCUUCUCACUCAAGUAAAGGAUGUCGCAGCUGAAAACCAAUUUCUCCUUUGAUGCAAUCAAUAGAGGAGUCGCUGGAUGCAUUCGCGUGGGGUGAAGCCAUUGUUGUCACGGAUGACGGGCGAAGGGCGAUAUCAAUACUAUUUCCGCAAGUCAAUGCUCCGUCGAAGCAAUGGCAUCGAUGAUCAAGCGCACAAGCGGUACGUCUUGAUAUCUCUUCCUGAGGAGGGUCUUAAAAUUCCCAUGAUGGACCCCGAUAACCAGGAGCGACACAAAACCGCUUACACCAUUACCGUAGACUAUAAACACGGUCUGUCAUGCCUUGAUAUAAUCUCAAGGCACCACAACAGGGAUUUCCGCCCAUGACCGUGCACAAGUUAGUGGAGUCUGGACUCCACAGUGCACCCCGGGGGCGCCUGAUUUCAGCCACCCAUGACAUAUUGUUACCCUUGCGAGCACGGUAGGGCGGUGAUUUGGAACGCAGAGGUUAUACGGAAACUGGUGUCGAUUUAUGCGCCCUCACCAAUUGGCAAUCAACCUCUAGGUGUAUUAUGCGAGCUAGUGAAUGACAAUGUGUUGGAACCAUGGCGCAGCGUAAUGAUUGCAGGGCGUUUGCCGAUCGGUGAGGCCUAAAAAUGACCAGUGUAGAAAUGCUGGUGCAGUACAGAGACAACAGGGAUGAUACACUAUGUAUGAUAGUAUGUACAUAGCACAUAAAUAUUGAAUUUGGGGAUUCGUCUACAUAGCCACAACUCGCU